AUGCAGUCUGCACCCGAACUCAAUGACGCUCCCGCGCAAUGCAUUGCCAAUCCUCCGACGAGUCUCUUGGACAGGGCUCCCGCGCAGUCGACGUUGACGGUAUCUACAUCUACCCCGCCGGUGUCUUCGCGAGCGCAUAGUAUGCCUUCGAUACCCCGCCAUGCACGAUCGCGGCCCAGUUUGACGCACGCGAGCUCGUCCUCGCUCGAUUCGAUCGAGGAGGACGUUCCGCUCUGUCUGACCACGCGCUCUGCGUCUCGCGCGCCAGCAUCUUCAUCAGGAUCUCGCUCCGCGUCCUCGCAGAGACGCAAGUCCGCAGCACUGAAGGAGUCGUGUGGGAUCUGCUUCGAAAGCACGGCGAUGCGCAACCCCGACGUCGCGCGCUGCUGCCUCCAGAUGUUCUGUCACGAGCACCUCGCAGACUGGCUGAAGCGGGACAGCCGCUGUCCGGCCUGUGGCGAGCCGCUCACACUCGAACGGGGCACCGUCGCGCUGCGCGCUCCCACGCGUACGGCCAAACCGCCCGCGCUGGAAUCAGGGCGGCUCACCGCUCGACCGCGGAGUCGGAAUGGCACUACUUUCCUCAUCGCGCCGAGCUCUGCGGGCGGCACUUCGUCUUCGUCGGACGGUUCAGGCUCGGAUGGGGAGGAGAGGGGGAGUAGGAGGUGCAGGACGUCGUUGCAGAUGGUCGUGGUGCGCCCGCAGUAUAGCAGCUUGAACGAGCUCGCGGCGGAGCUUUUGCCGUUGAGAGCUGUUGGGGUGCUGCUAAGUCUGACGGGGUGCGCGCUCAUGGUCAGUGUCGUGCUCGCUUGA